AUGGCCAACUACCUCGCAUCCAUUUUCGGUACCGAGCAAGACAAGGUCAAUUGCUCCUUUUACUACAAAAUCGGCGCCUGCAGACACGGUGACCGGUGCUCGCGGAAACAUGUCAAGCCAUCCUACUCGCAGACCAUCCUGAUGCCCAACAUGUACCAGAAUCCCGCCUUCGAUCCCAAGAACAGGAUGAACAGCAGCCAGCUGCAGAACCACUUUGAUGCUUUCUACGAGGACGUGUGGUGCGAGAUGUGCAAGUACGGCGAGCUGGAGGAGCUGGUUGUUUGCGAGAAUAACAAUGAUCACCUCAUCGGCAACGUCUACGCACGGUUCAAAUACGAAGAAGACGCCCAGUCGGCCUGCGACGCGUUGAAUUCGCGCUGGUACGCCGCGCGCCCGAUAUACUGCGAGUUAUCGCCCGUGACAGAUUUCCGCGAAGCGUGUUGUCGGUUAAAUAGCGGCGAGGGGUGUGUACGAGGCGGGUUCUGCAAUUUCAUUCACCGCAAGGAUCCUAGCGCCGAGCUGGAUCGCGAGAUGCGUCUUUCGACGAAGAAGUGGUUGAAGGAACGGGGUAGGGAUGCGCGCAGUGUUAGCCGUAGCCCGAGUCCGGAGCCUACGAGACGGAGGUAUUAG